UAUUUGAUUUAAGUAAAGAGAAUGUAGAUUUAAGUAAAUAUGUUAAUGGCACCCACCAAGGAAAUAUUUGUUGAUUUUAAGAUAAUUUUUCUCUCAAUGUAGUGAUGAUGGACUACGGAAGGAAUAUAGAUGGAAAGUACAGAUGGCGGGAAGAAGGAACAGAAAGGGGAGGGCGAGAGGAGGAAUGUUAGUAGGAGUGAAGAAGGACUUAGGAGGGAUAAAGUUAGAGAAAGAGGAGGAGAAAAGGAAGGGAGGAUAAAAAGGGAAAUUAUCAGGGAAGGAUGUAAGUGGAUGAUUAUAGGAGUAUACAUAAAUGGGAAUAUAUAGAGGAAGCUAGAAGGGUUGAAAGAAUGGAUGCAGGAUAGAGAAGAAGGGAAGAAGGUGGUUAUAAGAGGAGACUUUAAUGCGAGGACGGAAGAGAGGGGUGGGUGGAGUGAGGGAGGAGCAAGGAGGGCGGAGGAGAUUAAAGGACGAAAAGGGGAAGUCAAGAAGUUGCUACAGGCAAUAGAAGAAAGAGGAUUCGUGAAUUGGAAUAAUAUCUUAUAAAUACACGAUGAGUGGUUCCCUUUAAUGAAAGAUAAAUAUGCUUUCUAAAAUAUUUCUUUUAGAACAUGGGGUUAGAGGAAAAUUCACAUUGAAUGAUCGUCUUCAAAUAGGAUAAAACAUGUCGACGGCAACAUAUACAAUCUGCCAAGCAAGGUAAAAGAUUUAUGACAAGAAAGCCGCCUGAAUUUUGCUUCUGAAAUCUCACUCGUCCUUUCAUCUUGUCCAACACACUCUCCAGCAUUUGAGGAGUGCAUCACGCAGAGUAGCACUUAGCGCGAGAAUUGCAGCCAAGCGAAAUCGAUCACAGUUUGUGAUCAGAUUUCUUCAUCAUCAUGGCAACUUUACAGGUGAUACCUUUUCUCCUAGCCACGGUAGUUCCGAGUAGCGAAGCAACCAACAGUUCUGUAUUCACAUUCAACGUGUCGAUACAUAUAAAACACGACGAGGUAAUGAACAAACUAAAUACGCCAUAUGACAAUACCCUGUUUAUCAUUGUCGUGUGUGAGUCGUCCUUGUUUCCUAAUCUGGAUUGUUUCAUCGAAAAAGUCGAGUUUAAUUAUAAAAAGGACUUUCCCAAUGACGACUUCGUUGUGCCUUUCAUCACCUACAAACGAACACAGUUCGUAAUAACACUCGAUAUGUACAAAGUGCAAUGUUACAUCGAUAUGCAAGAAAGCCCGAAUAAGUCGUUUCUGCGAGACAUCUGCGAGAUGGUCGGGGAUCAGCUGAAUAUCGGUACUGACAUAGUAACGCCGAAGGGAAAUUACUUUACAGCGAUGGAGAAUUCCGCCAUCGGCAAAUGCCUGACGUUUUACCAAGUCUACUAUCGACCUGGCUAUGUGUCCAACAACUUUUUGGAACAUGUCCGAACAUUCCACAUAUUAGGCAACAAGGAUUUCAAGCUUAUUCCACACCAUACUUUGCACGUUAGCAAAUAUAGAUAUAUGGACAGUUGCUCUCCGCCGCAUGAUUAUAUGUUGGGAAAAAUGUUCCGGCCCUACUACAUUCCAAAUUACUACGUCUCGAAGCUAGACAAAUCGCACUCUCGAAUGUCGUUCACUAUGCAUUCCUUUACUUCCAUGACAGAAAGGACAUUUGAAAUACGUAACAGCCUCAAAGAAGUUGCUGGAGUUAUUCAUGAGAGAAUUACACUCGAAUUAGCAUCGGUGGAAGAAAAAACAUGAUAAAGAAGAUAUUUUGUCCCUAUUACUUUUAGAUUGCUACGGUCUCAGGACGAUAUGUAAUAAUUUGUCACAAAUAUAUUAAUUGCUGUACAAGUA